CAACUAACACAGCUUGGAGUUGUUUCAACAUUCAAUCAGCUGUUGGUUGUUGUGUGUGUAUGUCGAUGUGAGUGAGUGUUCUAAAUGCCUUUGUGCCAGUGAAUAAUUCGACAUCAUCAUUUUCAAGUAGUGAGUUAGUGUCGGGCCUAGCCUUUGCGACAAGAGGGUUUGGUUAAGGCCUCGUGGUCGAGAUCAUCUGCGCCCGUGGAGUGUUCUAUGAGCAAUGAAGGUCUGGGCGGAACAGUGUGAAUGAUUGCUUCGUGUCGUCAUUAGUUAAGUGUGUUCCACCUUCCCACCGGAAUCAUACCUCGUCAGAGGUCCACACGGAUACUUUCAGCCAUGUCUCCCAGUCGAGGAAAACGUCUCGUGGCCUUUGGGCCUUCACCUUCUAGCUCAAGUUCAGAGGGUUCCACUAGUCCAAGAAGAAGGAGUGGUUGCCUGAAAUGGACCACCACGACAACUUUGUGCCUUGUCAUAGCUAUUUUGAUUAUACCCAGGAUUCAAGCAGAAACGAAUGAUCCAAUGCGAAGUAAAGCGGAGAAACAACGCUACGAUGGAUGGUACAACAAUCUCGCACACCCAAGCUGGGGAGCAAUAGAUAAUCAAUUAACACGCAAGGCUCCCGCCUCUUAUGGGGAUGGAGUCUACACCAUGAACGGCAAUGGGCGGCCAAGUCCUCGGACCCUCAGCCAGGCCUUCAUGAAGGGUAAGGAUGGCUUGGGAUCGCUCAAGAACCGAACUGCCCUCUCCACGUUUUUUGGACAAGUGGUGAGUGCGGAGAUCUUGAUGGCUAGUGAACACGGUUGUCCCAUCGAGAUGCAUCGCAUACCCAUUGACAAAUGCGACGAGAUGUACGACUCCAAGUGCAAAGGGGACACUUUCAUGCCCUUCCAUCGGGCCCAGUACGACGUGAAAACUGGACAGAGCCCUAAUAGCCCCAGAGAACAGCUCAACCGAAUGACCUCAUGGAUUGACGCGAGCUUCGUGUACUCGACCAAAGAGGCCUGGGUGAAUGCCAUGCGAACGUUCCGCAAUGGAACGUUCCGCAUGACCGGAGAUCCGCUACUGGGGCUGCCGCCCAAGAAUGUGGAUCGCAUACCGCUGCAAAAUAAUCCGGCUCCUCAUGUACUGCGCAUGCUUCCGCCCGAGCGAAUGUUCCUUUUGGGCGAUCCUCGUGUGAACCAGAAUCCUGCUUUGCUGGCAUUGGGUGUGGUCUUUUAUCGUUGGCACAACGUUCAAGCCGCCUUUGUUCAAGCUCAACACCCGAAUUGGAUCGACGAGGAUGUGUUCCAAGCAGCCCGUAGAAGGGUCAUUGCCACAAUGCAGUCGAUUAUCAUGUAUGAAUAUUUGCCGGCCUUCGUUGGCCAAGAGGUGAGCAAGUACGACGGUUACAAAGCCUACGUUCAUCCCGGAAUCUCGCACGUCUUCCAAAGCGCCGCUUUCAGGUUCGGUCACACCUUGAUUCCCCCUGGCAUCUACCGUCGGGAUCGAACCUGCGACUACAAGCCGACCCGAACCGGAGGACCCGCCCUUCGUCUCUGUGCCACGUGGUGGGACGCCCAGGAUGAGAUUGACAAUAACUCCAUUGAGGAAAUCAUCAUGGGUCUCUCAAGUCAAUUGGCCGAGCGCGAGGAUUCCGUCCUCUGCUCAGAUGUAAGGAACAAGCUCUUCGGUCCCAUGGAGUUUUCCCGGCGAGAUUUGGCCGCUCUGAACAUCAUGCGGGGUCGGGACAACGGCUUGCCGGAUUACAACACGGUUCGAAAGUGCAAUAACUUGGAAAUGAUCCAGAGUUUCGAUGAGAUCAACCCGAGUCUGAAUGCCACCAACCCUGAGAUCUUCAAGAAGAUGGAAGAGCUCUACAAAGAUAUGACCAACAUCGACCUCUACGUGGGUGGGAUGCUGGAGUCCGUGGAUGGACCCGGACCCCUCUUCACCAAGGUGAUUGUGUCGCAAUUCGAGCACAUCCGAGAUUCCGAUCGCUUCUGGUUCGAGAACAAGGAACAAGGGAUCCUCUCCGAUGACGAGAUCCAGUACUUCCGGAACAUCAAGUUGGUGGACGUGCUCUAUGCCACCACGAACAUCACUCCAUCGGAUGUGCAAGACAAUCUGUUCUUUUGGCUCAAUGGUGACCCGUGUCCACAGCCUGAGCAAUUGAAUGCCACCACUUUGGAGCCCUGUCCCUUCCUCAAGGGUUACGACUACUUUCAGGGAAGUGAGGUUCCAUACAUCUACGGUUGCAUCGUACUAUGUGCCAUUCCCAUGCUGGUGGGUUGUGCCGCAUACGGCGUGGUCAAGCUCAUGAACUCUCGUCGGAGAAAGAUGAAGCAGGACCGAGAAGAGAACAACAACGGCAAAAAGGCCGACAAGAUGCACGUGAAGGAAUGGCUCCACCAGAGUGCCCGAAGGCCCGUGAAGGUCAAGUUUGGGCCCGAUGAAGCGUAUCAUCUUCUGAACCGUAAGGGCGAGAAGCUCCGGACGAUCGUGGUGAAGGCCGUCGAGAGUCUGGUGGUGGAGAUCACGCAAGACACGCAGAAGAAGCCCAUGGUCUUGGUGCGGGUGCCCAAAGAUCAUGACCUGGUUCUAGAGUUCAGCACCCCAGCCGAGCGUAAGAAGUUCUUGGGCAAGUUGGAGAACUUCCUCCUCAGUCAUAAGAAGUCCUUGGAGACCGUGCCCGUAUUCAGGGAGCACAUGUUGGCCAAUGCAGAAACCAAGGAGCGUCGGAAACUGCGGCUCGAGCAUUUCUUCCGAGAGGCGUACGCCCUGACCUUUGGACUGAAGCCCGGAGAGAAACGUCGAGUGGAGGACGCCACCAGCGACGUGAUCAUGGUGAUGAGAACCACCCUGUCCAAGAAGGAGUUUGCCAACGCCUUGGGCAUGAAGGAAGCCGACCUGUUCGUCACCAAGAUGUUCAACAUCGUGGACAAGGACAAUGAUGGACGGAUCUCGUUCCAGGAGUUCCUUGACACGAUCGUCCUCUUUUCCAAGGGUCGGACGGACGACAAGCUCCGGAUCAUCUUCGACAUGUGCGACAAUGACAAGAACGGAUCCAUCGACAAGAUCGAGCUCAGCGAGCUCCUCAACUCCCUGGUGGCCAUUGCGAAAACGCAGAAGCUCUCCGAGAAGGACGUCAACAGCCUCAUCAACAGCAUGUUCGAGUCGGCAGGCUUCCAAAACAAGGAGUCGCUCUCCUAUGACGAUUUCAAGACCAUGAUGAAGGAGUUCAAAGGUGACUUCUUGGCCAUCGGUCUGGAUUGUAAAGGCGCCAAGCAGAAUUAUUUGGACAGCACCACCAACGUGGCUAGGAUGCAGAGCUUUGGUCUAGAACACGUGGCUGAAAAACGCCGCUCAGGACUGCGAAAACAUUGGGACGCCCUGACGAAUUUUCUGGAAGAAAAUCGCCAACACAUCUUCUUCCUAUUUGUCUUCUACGUGAUCACCAUCGCCCUCUUCGUCGACCGAUUCAUCUUUUAUUCAUUCAUGUCCGAGCAUUUGGACUUGAGACACGUGAUGGGCAUGGGUAUUGCCAUCACACGUGGAUCGGCAGCCUCACUCUCAUUUUGCUACUGUCUCCUUCUGUUGACCAUGUCUCGGAAUUUGAUCACCAAGAUGAAGGAGCAUUCCCUUCAUCAGUACAUUCCAUUGGACUCGAAUAUCCCGUUCCAUAAGAUUUGUGCAUGCACCGCUCUCUUCUUCUCCGUCCUUCACACGAUUGGUCACUUGAUCAACUUCUACCACGUGGGCACCCAACCCUUGGAACAUUUGCAUUGUCUCUCCAGAGAGCUGAAUUUCCCUUCGGAUGGCAAACCGACCAUUCGCUACUGGUUGUUCCAGACUUUGACCGGCCUCACCGGAAUCGCCUUGUACUUGAUUGUGAUGAUCGUGUUCAUUUUCGCCCAUCCCUUGGUGCGGAAGCGGGCCUUCAACUUCUUCUGGAUGACCCAUCAACUCUACGUGCUCUUGUACAUCUUGAGUUUACUCCAUGGUUUGGGACGACUCACGGCUGCCCCUCGAUUCUGGCUGUUCCUAGUUGUCCCCGGGUUCAUUUACACGGUGGACAAGAUUUCCACCCUCCGGACCCGCUACAUGCAAUUGGACAUCCUCGAGACCGUGCUACUCCCUUCGGACGUGAUCAAGAUCAAGUUCUACCGUCCGCCCAAUAUGAAGGUCCUCUCCGGUCAAUGGAUCCGGUUGAGUUGCACCGCCAUUCAGCCGGAGGAAUUCCAUUCCUUCACUCUGACGAGUGCCCCUCACGAGGAUUUCCUCUCGGUCCAUGUGAAGGCCCAUGGUCCCUACACGUGGAAGUUGCGGAACUACUUCGACAAGAAUAUCAAUGAUCAGGAGGAGGACAAGGACAAUCCGCCCAAAAUACGUAUCGAAGGACCCUUCGGCGGUGGAAAUCAGGACUGGUACAAGUUCGAAAUCGCGGUGAUGGUGGGUGGAGGUAUCGGUGUCACGCCCUACGCCUCGAUCUUGAACGAUUUGGUGUUCGGAACCUCGACGAAUCGGUACUCGGGUGUGGCGUGUAAGAAGGUGUACUUUUUGUGGAUCUGCCCAUCCCAUCGCUAUUUUGAGUGGUUCAUCGACGUUCUCCGAGAUGUGGAAGGCAAAGACGUCACGAAUGUGUUGGAGAUGCACAUUUUUAUCACUCAGUUCUUCCACAAGUUCGAUCUUCGAACCACCAUGUUGUACAUUUGUGAAAACCAUUUCCAACGAUUGUCCAAACGAAGCAUGUUCACGGGUUUGAAGGCAAUUAAUCAUUUCGGUCGUCCGGACAUGCCGUCAUUUUUGAAAUUCGUCCAGAAGAAGCACAGCUACGUGAGCAAAGUGGGCGUGUUCAGCUGUGGUCCCGGCCCUCUGACCAACUCUAUCAGUUCGGCAUGCGAAGCUGUGAAUAAACAACGCAAGUUGCCGUACUUCAUUCACCAUUACGAGAACUUUGGUUAAGAGGAUAAACAUCACGAUCCCUGAUGUUUUAUUUUUACCAUGGACGGAGACUGGAAAUGGUUGCGACGAGCUCGUUUCCGAAUGAUGUCAGAAGACAGAGAUCCUGCUCAACACCUAAACUCUCAAAAGAAAUGAAACAACCAUGCCAAACCACCUCUGAUUUUCUCUCCCCUCUUCCUGUCUAUCUUCUUUCUCUUCUUUGAUUAUUCUACCUGUAUUGAUCUUUUUUUAUUUUCAUUAGCGUGCUCAAGAUCAUUUUCAAUAUCGUCACUGGAAUUGGGAUGGAUUCGUCUAUUGUUUUAUCUAUUUUUAGUCAACCGUUUGGUUCUCGCCUUGGAUCUAGUUGAAAUGGACCUACGAUCAAAUGAGAUGUGAUAAACAUUGCAAUGAUAUUUUCUUCUUGACUUCACUUGGUCGGUCUGGGGAAUCUUUGGCCCCUCCACUGUCAAUUGCAGCCAUAAAAAAAACACAAAAUGUGACGAUGAGUCGUCGAUCUUUGUUUAAGCCCGAUAUCCAAUCAUUCUUUUGUAUGUACAUAGAAAUCAUUAUCCCUAAACUCUGAUGCCUUUUGCUCUGUUAUUUAUCCUGUGCAAAUCAAGUUGUAAGCUCGCCAACUUCAAUGCGACAGUGGAACAAAAAAAAAACACAUGCUCCAACCCA